AUGAGCAAAGAGCUUACAGGCUUUGUCAAGGCUUGGGAAGCAGCAGUUAGAAAAUCAGCAGGUCCAAAGAAGAGGGCAAACAGCAUCUUCACACCAAUGUCUGUUGCCCAUGUUGAUGAUGAUGAUGAUGCAAGGAAUGAUGGUGAGGAUUCUGUCUGUCAGGUUGAGAAAAUUCUCCCCAAUGGUGACUUCUACACAGGACAGUGGCUGGACAAUGCUCCUCAUGGCCAGGGAAAGUAUCUGUGGACAGAUGGGUGCAUGUAUUUUGGGGAAUGGCAAAAGGGUGGCAUCACGGGGAAAGGGAGGUUCAGCUGGCCUAGUGGUGCCACCUACGAAGGUGAUUUCAAGAGUGGUUAUAUGGACGGGAAGGGCACUUACACAGGGUCUUCUGGGGACACCUAUAAGGGGUGUUGGGUGAUGGAGAUGAGACAUGGCCAGGGGACUCAGAGUUAUCCCAAUGGGGACUUCUAUGAUGGGGAGUGGAGGAAAGGGAUGCAGAAUGGGCAUGGGAGGUACCAGUGGAAGAAUGGGAACCAUUACAUUGGACAGUGGAGGAACGGUUUGUUCUAUGGGAAUGGCACCAUGAUGUGGAGCAAUGGGAAUAGGUACGAUGGUUGUUGGGAGGAUGGGAUGCCAAGGGGGAAUGGCACAUUCAGGUGGGGUGAUGGGAGUUUCUAUGUCGGGGUCUGGAGUAGGGAUUCAAAAGAGCAAAGUGGAACAUAUUACCCUUCUGGCUCUUGUGUUGGCGAAUUGGAGUGGGAUCCUCAGGAGCUGUUCUCUGUGGACUUGGUGGAGUGCAGUAUUUGUGCUUGUGAGAAGGUGACAAUUUACCCUUCACAGAAGAGUUUGAACAUUUUGGAGGGGGAAAAACUGAGUAGGAAGGGAACUGAUGUGAAUGGGAGGACAAGGUGGGCGUCAGUGGAUGCAAGGGUUAGUAAUUACAGUUCUGAAGAUGGUUCUUAUGCCUCCAAUGAGGGCUCAAGGUCUUCUCACGUAGAUAAUUCUAUUCCAAGAGUGCCACAUAUGAGGUUGAAGGCUCCAAAGAAACAAGGAGAAACUAUUUCUAAAGGCCACAAAAACUAUGAGCUCAUGCUUAAUCUGCAGCUUGGUAUCAGACAUGCUGUUGGAAGACCUGCUCCAAGUACAUCUCUUGAUUUGAAGUCUUCUGCAUUUGAUCCUAAAGAAAAAGUAUGGACUAAAUUUCCACCGGAAGGAUCCAAGCACACGCCACCUCACCCCUCAUGUGAGUUUAGAUGGAAAGACUACUGCCCGGUAGUAUUCAGGGCUCUUAGAAAAUUGUUCAAAGUAGAUCCUGCUGAUUACAUGAUAUCAUUAUGUGGAAAUGAUGCACUUCGGGAGCUCUCAUCUCCUGGAAAAAGUGGAAGCUUUUUUUAUUUGACUAAUGAUGACCGCUACAUGAUAAAGACCAUGAAGAAAUCAGAAGUUAAAGUUUUCUUGAGAAUGCUCCCUGGUUACUACAAACAUGUUCGGGCUUUUGAGAACACUCUAGUCACCAAGUUCUUUGGUCUCCACUGUGUUAAGCUAACAGGAAGUGCACAGAAGAAGGUUCGUUUUGUCAUCAUGGGAAAUCUAUUCUGCUCACAAUAUGCCAUCCAUAGGCGCUUUGACUUGAAAGGUUCGACCUUCGGUCGCACAACUGACAAACCUGAGUCAGAAAUAGAGCCUACAACAACACUUAAGGACCUUGAUUUAAAUUAUAUAUUUCGGUUGCGGAAAGCUUGGUUUCAAGAAUUUUCCAGGCAAGUGAAUAAGGACUGUGACUUUCUGGAACAGGAGAGGAUCAUGGAUUACAGUAUGUUGGUAGGUCUUCACUUUCGAGGAAUGUCUUGUAAUGACAACGUUACUCCUCCUUCUGGUUACAGUCCAGGCAAUACAACCCCAACUGGCAAUGGUGUCAUUGAUGAUGGAGCACCCCGUCUUUCUGGAGUGGAUGUGGAUCAUCUUGUAGUAGAUCCUAGUCGGUGGAUUCAGUUAGGUAUAAACAUGCCGGGACGGGCCGAAUUGACAGUUCGAAGAAGUUGUGACACUCCUCAGCUGGUUGGAGAACCAACCGGGGAGUUAUAUGAGAUCAUCAUCUUUUUCGGGAUCAUUGACAUAUUACAAGACUAUGACAUCAGCAAAAAGCUUGAGCAUGCUUACAAAUCAUUCCAAUAUGAUGCAACAACAAUAUCUGCGGUUGAUCCAAGGAUGUACUCUAGACGGUUUCGUGAUUUCAUCUUCAGAGUUUUUGUAGAGGACUAA